AUGUGUAUUUGUUUCAAACGGGUGUGUCAAAACCUUUUUGGGGACAAUCGUCAAAGUGACAAUCCAUCUAUUAUCAUAGUCAAUCCACCGAGCACGAAAAGCAAAGGUUCGUCGAAGAAAAACAAAAAUCAGAAUGACUCAAAUGAAAUGCACAUUAUCGCCCAUAAUCUGCAGCAGGGUCCGAGUGCGGUUGGGGCAUCUGUAAAUUCCGAAAAGAUUGAUGCAGGAAACUUACAAAUCACCAUAAAACACAAUGAUAGGGAUACGGCAAUCACCAUAGCAAAAGGUGAGGAAGCGGAGGUUAGCACAAGCAAAGGUCAGAAAAAAAAACCACCUAUAAAAAAAGAUACGGCGGCAACUACAAAAAGUGAGAGAAAAUCACCUAGAAAAAAAUAA